GUGGAUGCCUCCCAACCAUGACCGUCGUUUUUCUAUACACCUUUUCCCACCACCAUGGACGACGAAGUAACCGUCACAAAGAGGAGAAUGACGCGUGCAUGCGAUAGGUGCCGUGUAAGAAAAAUAAAAUGUUAUGACAUUGCUGAACAGGGAAACGGCUGCUUGAAUUGUAUUGUACUUGGUGCAGAGUGCACGUACAUGGCUCCUUCGAAGAGACGGGGUCCAAAGUCCGUGCAAGAAUCUGCUGUAUCUUCAAAUUUACCGCGACGAAAAUACAAUGCUAGUUACGUGGCAGACUUAGAACGACGUGCCGAACAAUUGGAACGUACGCUCAAAGAGCGCAAUCCGGAUAUCAUUAUACCUGAAGGGACAAAAAGGCAUGUACUGGUAUCCUCGCAAGGUUCAUCCCGACCUGCAAGUCUUAUGUCCGAACUGGCUGAACUUGAUGAUGACUUUACGAGCCUGGACCUUGGGGAAAAAAUGAAGAAUCUGUCGUUGGAACACGACACGGCCCUCAGCGAGAGAUGUUUCGGACCAUCAAGUGCUUUAGCGCUUUUCAUGAGUGCCCUUUCCGCUAAAAAGAAGUUGACCGGUAGUUUGAAUACGAUGCAACUUCAAGACUAUUCCAAUUUAUAUCAUUGGGAACGCGCUACAGCCGAGACCGAAAUCAUUAAACCUGGUUACGUUUUUCCCGACAGCGACCUUAUCACAAGCCUGAUCGCCAUAUAUUCCGAAACGAUCCAUCCAAUUCUCCCAAUCAUGCAUAGGCCUACAUUCAUGAAAGAUGUCGCCGACGGGUUACAUCUACGGGAUGAAAGUUUUGGUGCUACACUACUUUUUGUUUUAGCUGUUGCGUCACGUUACUCUGACGACCCAAGGGUAUUGGCCGAUCCCAGUUCGAGGCUUUCUGCAGGGUGGAAAUUCAUCGAGCCAAUUCCUGUCUCCAAGAAAGCAAUAUUGCGUCCUCCCUGCUUAUAUAACAUUCAGGAGACUGUCCUUGCGGUGAUAUAUACCUUGGGAACUUCUGUACCUGAGUUUAGCUGGAUGGUGGUUGGACUCGGACUACGCUACGCUGUAGAAAUUGGGUUACAUCGGAAGAAGCCCAGGGCCAAGGGGCAUAAGCUGACAGUCGACGAUGAACUCAAGAAACGAUCGUUUUGGGCGCUUGUUACGCUCGAUAGACUCAUAAGUCUGUAUGAUGGACGGCCGCUCAUGAUGCAUGAGGAAGAUUUCGACUCAGAGCUACCAGUUGAAUGCGAUGACGAAUACUGGGAUAUCCGUUCAGAUGGAGAAGUACGCUUUUGCCAACCGGGCAACAAACCUUCUAAAAUCAGUUAUUUUAAUGCCCAAAUACGGUUAAGCGGGAUAAUGUCGGUUGUCGCGACGAAUUUAUAUUCCAUCAAAAAACGCCGAGAUCGGUGGGGUCUUACAGGAAAGGAUGAACAGCGCAUCAAUUCUGACAUAGAUUCUUCCAUGAAUGCUUGGAUGAACUCCAUCCCCGACCAUUUACGUUGGAAUCCCGACCGCGACAAUACGCUGUUCUUGUAUCAAUCUGCGGUUCUAUACAACACCUACCACAUGCUCCAAAUAUAUACACAUCGACCUUUUCUAUGCCCAGGCUCUUCCUUGUCGACGCCAUCUCUUGUUUUAUCUACGAUAGCGGCCAGAUCUUGUUCUCGGAUCCUACAGGUUCAUAUGAAAAGAAUCAAGAUUAUCAUACCACACAUUCUGAUGGGAGCCUUCAUGUCUGGUGCCGUAUUGGCUAUGAACAUCUGGAGUGGGAAACGGGUGGGCCAUCCCCCAAAGGCAGAAGACUUAACUGGCUAUGAACAGUGCCUAGCCACCUUCAUACAUGCUUCCGACUCGUGGAUGGUCGCGGGUCGUGCAUUGAAAAUGUUCAAGUGCAUGGCGUCCUUUGAUACUGCCAGUGUUUUAGAUGGCACUUCUAUCCAAGCUUCGCAUCCUCAGGAAAAUGCCACUCCCGUACCUGCUCCCAUCGGGGACUCGUACUUUACUGUAUCUGACGCGUUAUAUGAGCAAGAUCCAGCAUACCUGAACGAUUAUUUACCGACCUACCUACACACAGGCCCGCCCUUAGACCCGACGGAGAACUUACCGAGUUCAUCUCAGACGUUAUUCGAUGUUGCACAAUCAGAGAUGUGGAGUAGACACCAUCAACAUGUGGAAUUUUGCACCUCCAGGAUUUAGCUUUGCGGCGUGGGACGCAUACGUUAUCAAUAUGGGUCUCGACGAUGGACACUCAUAACGAUUUCAAGUUCUGCGGCACCCGCAGCAAGUCGGCGUUCUUUCGAACAAUUACUUCGCCCACAUCCGAAAGAUAACAGCUUGUACACAAAUAGAAGAUAGAAACGGAAUUACAGUCGUUUUUCAGAUAGAGUGAAUCCGCAUGUGCGGGUGGCACGUCCAGUUACAAGGAAAUCACGUUGCAGGGGAAACGCUAACCACAAUGCUAUUCGCAACUUGUUCUUCUACCGAAAGCUCGUGAAAACUUUGUACAUAAAGGGGGCGAAGCACGCGUUCAGAUCAAG